CUACCUUCACUGAUGGAACUACAGUAAAAGAGACACAAAACGGCAUUUAACACAGUUGACUGUUCGUGACCGAGCUACGUGACUGCUCUAAGCAAGGCGUUGUUCUCCCAUAGCGUCUACCUUGGCUUUUGGUCUUUUUGCUUUUUGCAUUUUGGGUGUUGCAUUUUCUAUGUUUUUUUCAGUUUCAGAAUGCCUUACAAACAGUGGCAUGAGGAUUAUCGCGAGAUCAAACGCAAGUGUAGGAACGGAGAUCUCUUUGAGGACCCUGAAUUUCCAACGAUCGACAGUAAAGUUUUUAAGAAGCGGGUGCUACCAGGAGGACAGUCUUUUGAAUGGCUCCGACCUCAGGUAAGUUAAUCAGCGUAUAAAAGCUUAAAUGCAUUUCUUGUUUUGCGCUCACACAGCUUUAAUCCCUGUGUUUUAAGUUGAUCCGGUAGAAAUAUUUAUUUGUUGGGAGCAAUUAAACACUGUUUUAAAUAUAUUGAAUGUCGAGGACGCAGAUGAGAAAGUAUUCGGCUUGUGUACAAUUGGGACCAACACACUGUGCAUGUAUUGUUUUCUAAUCAUCUUACUGAGUUAUGACUCUGAUCAUGGGAAAUUUUGUAAGUUCUUAUUCAAAAAGAUCAAAAAGCACCAACUGUCAUCUUCCAGCCCGUAAAUUCUAGAAAUUCGAUGCAGUCUAUUCCCCGAAGUUUCUGGUAGUAAUUAAUGGGGGCGAUUAUCAUAUCAUUGUUUGCUUAUGCUUGACUAAAGCACACGUAAAACAAAUUCUUUUCUCUUCCAAGCCUCUAUUUCAUGACCUUGCGUCCUUAAAAUCCCUGGGGAAGUGUAAGCACAUAUUUACUAUAUUUUGCGAACUGUUCUAUCACGAGUUUACCACGGUUGCAAUAAAGGCACGGUAACCUGGAGAAUCCUCUGGAAGAUGGCAGUUCUGGCAGCAAUAUCAAGCUAAUAAGCGUUUGUUCAAAUUGGAACCAAGUCAACCAGUAAUUGUUUAAGUUGUUAGACAUUCAUUUGAUUCUUUAUUUAUUGAAAGCAUUAGUACUUAAUGGAAACAUUUUCUUCCUGCAGUGUUGUAAAAAUGAUAUUACUUCAUUACGAGUAUUAAAUUACUAAAUUUUAGAACUUGGGUGUUUUUAUACGUAUGUGGUAUUUUGGUUAACACCUCCUACUCAACAGUAUUACACAAAGCUUGCCGGAUUUGGCGGUUCCAUUUGAAUACGUACUUUUAGGUGGUACUGAAGGCUAAAAUGGUAAUUUUGACAUUUUCAAAAAUACAAUUUUGGAGAAAACUUGAUGAUUAAUCAGAUACAUGUAUAUGCUCACAUGGUGCAUGAAAGGAGAAGUUUGGGACUGUGGGUUAAAGGAUUUGCAAGAACACAAUCAAUAUUAGAGAAAAACCUGAGGACGGAUUAGGUACUCUGGAUAAAACUUGUACGCGAGGGACCAAGGUCAAGGAUAGGACCUGGUGUAUGCAAAUUUUUGUAUGAAAUAAUAUGAUGUUUAAGUAAAUAUUGAUCAUAGUUCAACAUAAGUAAAACAAAGAUAGUAACAGAAAAUGUUUGCUUUGUAAAGGUUUUUAGGAGCACUUAAAACACAGUGUUUAACAAUAUAUUUUUUUUCCUGAUUUGGCUUUGUCACUUACUGAAGAAACAUCAUUCUUGUCUAUUUGCUAGAAAUUUCCAAUUUAUGGUUAUGUUACCUGUUCUAUAGCCUUUCCAAUCCUAGCAGUAUGAAGGAUGUUUGUGAAAUGAUCCUAAUUUAAUGACCUUAGCUCGUCCUGUAGCUCAGUGGUAGAGCAGGGUGCAAAGAAAGUCAGUUUUACAGCCUGUCAUUUGUGCAAGCUGUAGCUAGCAUGUACUAGCCCACAAGUCAUUUCAACUAGCCACAAACCCUUUUUGAUUAGCAGGAUUGAUUACUAUCCUUCUUUAAUUUGAAUUUCCCCCCAAAACAGCACUUGCCUGUCGAAAAAAAAAAUCACAAGCCCGAUAGCAAAAUCCACUAGCCCCAGGCUAUUGGACAUGACUUUCUGUGCAUCUGUAGAGGAAAGAUCACUGACUGAAGAACUAUUCUCAAUAAUGUUUUUUCAGGAAAUUUUGGACAGACAAGGAGUUCGUGAGAAAGCUAAGUUUGUUGUAGGAGGAGCAAGCCGUCUGGACAUCAACCAGGGCAUGUUGGGAGAUUGCUGGCUUCUAGCAGCUCUUGCCUCACUAACCCAGGAAGAGAAAUUGAUGAACAGAGUUCUUUCCAGUGGGGAGUAUGAUGACUUUGACUCUCCUGGGUAUUGCGGUGCAUUUAAAUUCAAUAUCUGGCAAGAUGGGGAAUGGACUGAGGUGAUCAUUGAUGAUCGUCUGCCAACAUACAGGAAUAAGCUGGUCUUCAUGCAUUCGAAAGAGAAAAAUGAGUUUUGGUGUGCUCUGUUGGAAAAAGCCUAUGCCAAGUAUGUUAAUAUCAAAAGUUUUUGUUUAACCUCAAAGCCAUUCAUGCAUAUAUUUGUGUGUUUUUUUAAUAGUUUUUAUUAUCUUUUGUGGCUACAGUUGUAAAGGCAUAGCCAUUAUGCCAACAUAAGCAAGUAAAAAGUUUGUUUCUAGGUAGGGCUUCUCUGUACUAACUUAUGAAGUGAAUGCAUGCAGAGCUGCAAGGUUAAGUUGAGUUCAGUUUGAGGCCUUUACUUCAGCAACCAUAUUCAAUUCUUAAUCACGGCAAAGUGAAAGGCGAGUUUAAUCAGUCACCAGAGCUUCCAAAGAACCCCAAAAAACUCAAAAGAAGUUGGACUAGGCUUUCAAGUUUACUUGUUUUUCGCCAAUUUGCACUUGAAUGAGAUUUUAAAAUAUAUUUCCCUCAUCGUCCCUCGAAGGUUUCAAGCCAACGCAAACACAACUUUCUGUUUUUGUCAUGGACAGGUAUGACACCAAGUCUGUAAUGUAUUUGUACUCUUGUUUUUUCAUUCUCUCUACUCAGACUUAAUGGAUCAUAUGAAGCUCUGAAAGGUGGACAAACAAUUGAAGCUAUGGAAGAUUUCACUGGUGGCUUGGGAGAGGACUUUGACAUGAAAAAAAUGCGACAGGACAGAAAAUUAGCGGAUGAGCUGAAAGGUAUAUUCAAAAUAAUCGAGAAGGGAUUACGGCGAGGAGAUCUUAUGGGCUGUUCAAUUACAGUAAGUAUACAUAACUUAUCAAUAAAUAUUAAAUUUUACUGGUAUGUGCAGUAUAAGAUUUUCUAGAUCUUCCUAAAAUUGAUAUUAAGAGUGGUAGUAGGAAGUAUUGUUGAUAAUGAAAGCAAAGGCAUAGACAAGGCCGGAAAUCAAAUCUUGCACCGUGGUUCAUAGCUAGCCAAAAAUUGGGCAUAUCUUGCCAGAAUUGGGGGAGCUGCUUAUUUCAUGCAAAGAUGUUUCUUAAUUUAUCUCUUUAUCUUUAUUGAAAAGGAAUGAUGACAAAACUAUUUGUCAGUGCCAUCAGAAACACAAAGCCAGCAGAACAAAACAGUGUUGUUUGAAAGCCCAGACUUUGUACAUUAACCUGCUGUUGUUCUAGUGAUUUUUCUUUGCAAGUUGCACGGUAAUUGUGAAGAAGACCUCCCCAAAAAACCUGUCGGUCAACUGUCGGCCGUCUGUCGACCAACAGUCGGCCGACUGUUGGCCGACUGUCGGCCGUGUGUCGACCAACAGUCGGCCGACUGUUGGCCGACAGUCGGCCAACAGACGGCCAACAGAUUUUGCCCGAAAUAUAGGCUACCCGUCGGCCGACAGUCGGGCGACAGUUGGUAAUGUGUCGGUAAGAUGUCGGUAACCUGUCGGUAGCUUGUUGGUGAAACGUUAUGACAAACUUGAAUGUUUUCUCUCGGUUUUCGCUUCAUAAACAUCCAAAAUGUGUAAUACAUUGACAAGAAUAGCCUUUUCUUCUUAGUUUUGGUAAUCGUCGCUCAAGACUAGCGCCACGGAAGCCGAAACUAACCAGAGAAUUUACGCAAUUGCAGCUUGAAUUUUCUUUCCGCCAUGUUGGAAAGGUAAACUAUGUCCCAGUCCCUCUCAAAUUUAUCUGAGAGUCAAGUCGUGAACGGGUAUUUAUAAUAUAUUUUUUUUAUUCAUUGCCGGUCAUUUACUUUUGUUUUUAUUUGAGGGUUUGAGGAAUUGGGACUGAACUGUAUUUCAUUAUUUAUUUGAACUUUAUUGUUGGUCAUUGACUUUCAUAGUGUUGGUGGCUCCUAAAGGAGCCGUUUUGUGAGGUGAAAUAUGCCAGAUACUUCACUCGUGAGAAGCACGGAUCAAACUUUAAUGGCAACAGCUGCCCCUCCCUCCUCAUGUUGUUCAUCACUGGGAUGUAGCGCCGAGUCAUUUUCGCAGACAACCUCGAGCACGCACGGAACCCACUUGGUCACGGAGGACGAGGUCUAGUUCUCUGGAGUCCACCUUCUUAAGUUCGGCUAUGGCAACGGUCUCUGAGUGUGCUCGAGGACAGCUCGCAAGACGGAAGGCACAGGCCAUACUGCAUUUGUUUUCUCUCAUACACUGGAGAACCUGGUCAUACCGGUCAUGUAUGCUGGCCAGGCUGUGGGCGCUGACGCGAGAGUCAGUCUGCUGAGGUUGCUGCGUUGACUGGUCUUCUUGUGGCGCGGGUUGGCCUCUGCGUUGUAAUUCUUGCAUCUCCGCUCUCAGUUCGGCGAUGAGCUUCUUGGCAUUCACGAGGCGCCGCUCAAGGUUUUUAACGACCUCAUCUCUGGUUCUCACAAGGUUCGCUAACUCUUCGGCCUCUUUCUCGCGUUCCGCCAACUGUUCUGUGAGCUCCUGGUUCUGCUCUUUUUGGUUUUCGAAGGCCUGCCCGACUCUUUUGAAGUCCUUCUGAAGUGUCUCAUACAUCUUCCUCAGGUCGUCGUGCGAGGUUUCAGCGGAGGCAGAUGACUUUGCGCUCUUCUUUCUUUUCUGCUGUGGGCAUUCAGAACAGGAACAGUGCCUAUUAUCACCAUGGCAAACGCCACACUUAUUCUCGCAAUGAAAAAUAGAGUGGUCGCCGCCACACACAGUACACUUAAGAAUUCUUUGAGACGUACUUUGAGACAUAAUGAAUGAUCGAAGUUGAAAACGAAAUCUAUGUGAUCGCAAGGCUUCAAAUUCAAGGCUUUUAAGUUCUGCCACGGAUCCAAUCAACAAUAACAACAUUUUCAUUGGCUUAUACCGUGGAUCAAAUCACAAUUUCAUUGGCUUAUGCCAUGCAUCAAAUCAACAAUAACAACAUUUUCAUUGGCUUAUGCCAUGGGUCCAGUCAACAAUAACAACAUAUUAAUUAGAUUAUUCACAUCACAUUUGAUUGGUUUAUAAACUUUUGUAAAAUCUGAUUGACUAAUUUCGAUCCGACCAUAGGUAUUAAAUAGGUUGAGUAGAAGUGUGUCUUAACUCAUUUCAUCAUGAAUCAUCACGAGUUACUUACCUUGAUCCAAAGUUGCCAUGCUAUUUUAACCUUUCUUGUGAAUCGUGGUUUGCUGGCUGCCAGGCGUAGGUGCUCUUGUGGAAACCGAAUGGUUUUACGAGAUAAUAACUCUGAUGAUGGUUAUCACUGGGAAUGUCCAGUUAACAAGUGCAGAAAACAAAGAUCAAUCAGAGCUGGUUCUUUUUUCGAAGAUUCCAUCUUCUUGUGGUCAAUUGAUGAGUCCAACAAAAAAGUAUCGCUACUAACCGGUUUGUUGCUUCGUACGGCUGUCACGGCACUUCAGAGACUCCGAGACAUCUGCUCCCUGAAAAUUCUACACGGCAACAUUAGACUGGGCGGCCGAGGAAAAACUGUAGAAAUCGAUGAAUCCAUGUUUGGCCAUAAACGCAAGUACAACCGCGGGCGGAUCGGUCGAGGCACAUGGGUUUUCGGCAUGGUCGAAAGAGGCACUGGAAAAGCUCUAACAUUUCGAGUACCCAACAGAACGAGAGAAACCUUGGUGACUGGUCUGGUACAGCAAUUCGUCGAGCCUGGAACAACAAUUAUCUCUGACAAGUUUUCACUGUACUUUAACUUGAACGGCCUCGGCUACAUCCAUGUCAUGGUUAACCAUUCAGAAAACUUUGUUGACCCGUUCACAGGUGCCCACUCGAACACGAUAGAAGGAGUAUGGAGUCAAAUCAAGAGAAAGCUGAAAAGCAAGCUUCCAAGUUACCUCGACGAAUACAACUGGCGGAAAUGUUACCCUGGUGAUCCCUUCGACAACUUACUCGCUGACAUCGCUGAGUUCUGCCCACCAAACUAAGUUUCCUUAGUUUGAAAACAAACGGCUCCUUUAGGAGCCACCAAAUAAAAAAAAGUCAUAAGCCAACACUGUGUGAUAAUUUUGUUAAGCGGCACGCGCGCGUCUAAAUCAAUUAUCGCGGCAUGCAUCCAAGUCAAAUUAUCGGAUUAUGACAGAGACUAAUUAAUUAAGGCACAAUUUGCGGGUACAUAAUUCAAUUUAUUUGUGCUUGAAAUUCGGAAGAUUAACAUUAAGUCAUCGAAAGACUAAUAGGUCUGAAUCUGCAAAAAUAGAGAACUUUGUUAGUCAAAAGGUAAACAUCAUUGAUACAUACAUGACAUACAGCGCUCGCUAGGCAUUGUUGGGCGAUUUGUACGUGAAGCCAAGCAACACGACUGAGAAGCUUCCAAAGUAGCUUUCUUGUAGGAUUUCAGAGAUUGGGAUUAAAUCACCUCUAAAUCUGAUUUCAUUGAUUGCCUUGUUGUCUUUCGCGAAUAAUAUAUCCGUUUCGCAUUUCAAAAGCUUUCUAUAAACAUGUCGGAAGAAAUCGUUUUACCAUCGAUCGGUAAGUAAGUGAUGUCUAUCGAGAUUAUUAUCGUUUCUAUGUCAUGUUUAAUGCGAGUUUUCUCAACAAUUUUCUUCUUUGGGAAACUGUCGAUAGCCUGUCGGUUAGCUGUCGGUAGCCUGUCGGUAAUGUGUCGGCCGACAGUUGACCGACAGGUUUUUUGGGGAGCUCUUCUUCACAAUUACCAGUUGCACACUCAUGACAAACAUUUCUCAAAAGCUGCUCUAACCUGCAGCAUUUAAAACCAGCAGACUGUUUCGAACAUUAAUAAGUGAUUGUUAAACUGGCUGGGGUAACUGUACUGUUUUAAAUAAGUGACGGUGUAAUUUAUUGGGGUGACUAUAUAUUAUUUCUGAUAUCAGGCUGCACCAAAUCAGAUAGAAGCCAAAGGGGAUCUUGGAUUGGUAAAAGGUCAUGCAUAUUCUGUAACAGGAGCAAAUACGGUAAGAGCCAAAAUAAAAUGAGUCUACUGGAACUAGCACAGUUUAAUAUGGCAGAAGGCCGGCCAUCUUGACAGAUAUCUCUUGGUCAGUUGUUUGUAAGACACGAUACUGGACACCCUAUUCAUCAGGGCCGUCUUGACAGAUAUCUCUUGGUCAGUUGUUUGUAAGACACGAUACUGGACACCCUUUUCAUCAGGGCCGUCUUGACAGAUAUCUCUUGGUCAGUUGUUUGUAAGACACGAUACUGGACACCCUUUUCAUCAGGGCCGUCUUGACAGAUAUCUCUUGGUCAGUUGUUUGUAAGACACGAUACUGGACACCCUUUUCAUCAGGGCCGUCUUGACAGAUAUCUCUUGGUCAGUUGUUUGUAAGACACAAUACUGGACACCCUUUUCAUCAGUGUCAGUCUACACAUCUUGUGAACAUAAAUCACUCAGUUAUAAUUAUCAUUUGUUAGCUUUAUAAAGUGAAAAUAUGAUUGGCCAUUUAAGAUGUGAUAUUAUUUCUUUUCUGCAUGUAUUUUUAUCCUGAAUGGCACUGAAAAAUGGUGCUAAAUAAAAUAAAUAUGUUCCUAGAGAACAUGGGCCAUUAUUCUCAUCAUGAGUCUCUGUCAUUGGAGAUUGUCUAACCUAAAAACACCUGUGAACAAGCUAAGAUAUUUUUGUUAUUUUGCAACAUUAUUGCUACAGGUUUUUAAAAUACGUUCAAACCCAGCUUUAUGGAUGACACCCACUUAAUAUGAGCAUCUCGUUACUACAGACAGUUAACUUUUUAUCUGAGAAAACCCUUACAUUAUAUUUUAACUAACUUUCAACCCAGUCAAUACAGACACCGGUAAAAUUAAUGCAGACAAUGGAUGUGGACAAUGGACUCUUGUUUCUUGUUCAGUCAACAGAUUCCAGUAGAAAUUAAAGCCAACCUCGCUAAUUCGGACUCUUAGCUGGGUUCAUAAAUUUGUUAUUGGGCAACAAUGUAAGCAAUUAGCCAUGUGUCCUCCAUUUAUUUUUUCUUGUCCAUUUGAAGGGGAUGUGGUGUAGUCUACCUUCUGCAAGCUUACAGAUAUGGCUUUUGAGUAAUGUCCUGGCAUUAAUCUGUUAGAUUUGUAAAUCUUGCAAGUAGAUUGUUUUGUAAUUGUAACACUUUGUGCUCCUUUUGUCCUAAGGUGAAUUACCACGGCAGGGAUGUUCAAUUGGUCCGUGUGAGGAACCCCUGGGGUAAUGAUCGAGAGUGGGAAGGUCCAUGGGGAGACAAGUAAGAAACCCCUUGACUGUAUAAAUUAUGAGCAUAAUUACAUUCAUGUAUGGUUCAAAGUUAUGUUGGAGCACACCAAACAGACUGUCAGUUUGUAUCGAACACCACAAGCAACUGUUUACGACAAAUCAGAUCUCAAAAAAGAGAAUUCACUUAAUGCAACUUAAGCUACGUGCUACAUUUUGCCGAGACUGAGGCCUGUUGAUUUUGUUUUUUCUAACUGAGGCCUUGUAGUACUACACUGCACAUUGUUUUUGUAGCCCCUUGUGACAUCAGUUUUGAUGUUUAAAGAUACAUUGUAACUACAGUGGAGGAGGAAGUGAGAGAUCUGUAAUUUAAACGGACCAAAAAAAUCCUGUUACUUUAUAAAUAAUUUUUCUCUUGUGGAACCUGAUUGAUGAUUCUUGUACCACUUAUGAAAUAAGAUAGUGGUGACAGAAAAAAGGCUAAAAAUAAUGCCCAAAACUGGGUCAAUUAUAGUAGUGAUGGUUCUCCUAGCUUCUCCUUAUGCUCCUCAUUUUUGUUUUAAGGUCUUCAGAGUGGCGAGGACUGUCUGACAGCGAGAAAAGAAAGUUGAAUUUGAGUUUUGCUGAUGAUGGAGAGUUUUGGUAAGUUUCUAAUGCUGACUGCCAUUAGACACUUAAUGUUUUUUCAAUACCAUGUACUGCAAGUUGCACAAAACUCUUAUUGCAGUACAGUGCAGCAAUUACUCUGCAAAUACUUAUUCAUUGCAGAUGAUAAAAUGCAGUUCUAGGGGUCAAGAGUCAUUAAAUGUUUCUAAAACAAUGGCAACUAAAGACCUUUUCCAAUAUUUUCUUAUUACAGGAUGUCCUUUGAUGAUUUUACGAGGUACUUUGAUAAGCUUGAAAUAUGCCACCUGGGACCAGACAGUGCCAAACCAGGAGUAGGACAAGCGAAUAACUGGGAGGGCCGCACUGAGAAGGGUGCUUGGAUACGUGGUUCAUCUGCUGGUGGAUGCCGCAACUUUCUUAAUACUUUUUCCUCAAACCCUCAGUACAGGUAUUUGUAAAACAAUCGUUCUUUUUUUUUUCAAAAAAAUCCUUCUACAAGACCAUUCUGUUUCCCUCCUGUUUGUUCAGCUCCUGACUAGUAACUGAAGGUUGACGUGAGUAAAUUCCUUUAUACCUUCUUCUAAAGCCAAGAUAUCAUUAAUCCUUCACUCCUUUCCUGGAAGAGUAGCUGAGUGCAGUUUGGUCAUACCUCACACCUGUGGAUAAACUGCCUAUGCACAACCAUGUGCAAGGGAAAGGGAUGGUUUAAAGUAAACUUGAUCAAUCAAACAGGCCAGACAAAAAUACCAACAAUCAUUUGACUUUGACAAGAAAUUCUUCCAAAUGUGAAAGGUCAUUUAACUGGAAGAAGUGGAUCCUUGAAUUGCAUUCUUGGGCAGCUGUAAUUUAGCAUCAGUAAUGAGCAUCUAAGUGGUGUAUGAGAAGUAAUUACCACUGUUCCAUUUUACAAGAAGGAUUUAGUGGCAAAUAGUGGAGUUGUUGUUUUUUUAGAGUUGAUUUGGAAGAUGCUGAUGAUGAUGAAGAUGAUAAAUGCUCAUUAACAGUGGCACUUAUGCAAACCAAACGCCGCAAAUUGAAAGCAGAGGAAGGAAAACCCAUGCUAACCAUUGGAUUUUCAAUCUACAAGGUAUCUUUUACUUUUGUAUAUUAGUACAGUAUUCAUUAAUAUUAGCACAGUACCUGACUCCAGCUAAACGUAGAAGAGAUGGAGGAUGGAGGUUACAUAGUACACUAGGGGUCUUCAAACAUCUUUUGUCACAGUGCUGUAUUUACUACAUCUGAGAAAGCUGAAUUUUAGAGGCUCUUUUAAAAGGGUCAGAUGGUCAGCUGUUUGUUACAUUAGUCACCUUAAAGAUUGGAUAAAAAGAGUCGAAACUAUAUACACAUACGGGUGCUCAAGGUCAGACAUGAGCAGAAUGCAAAAUUUUGUUUAUUAAAGUGUAAAAACAUCUUCUCAACUCCCCUUUUUAUCAUGUAAUUCUUUUGGAUCAUGUUAAAGUUCAGUAGAAAUUUAUUCUCCUUAAUUUAUUGUUUUCUAGAUUACAGAUGAAGAUUUGAAGGGUGGUAGAGCUGACAGAGAUUUUUUUGCCUAUCAUGCCUCCACUGCUCGAUCUCCAGUGUUUAUCAACAGUCGUGAGGUCACUGGUCGUUACCUUCUUGAUCCAGGAUCGUACCUCAUCAUCCCUACCACAUUUGAACCAAACCAUCAGGGUGACUUUAUCGUGCGAGUCUACUCUGAAAAGCCUGUGUCUUCAAAGUAAGAACUAUAAAAUAACAAAAUUUUAAUUUUGUGUUUAAUGUAAUAUAAACAAUUUGAAUGAGGCUGAGUUAAUGAUGUAAAGAAGUAUGCAAUACCUAGGAGAAUGUUGGCCAAGGUGGAUUACUGUGUGAGCCUCUUAAGGUUUGUAAAUUCUUCACAUCUUGAAUGAUUCAUUCAAUAUUUUUUUAAAGUUCUCAAAAAGCUUACUUCCUUUGUAGACUAAGCCUUGGUCUUUAUGUAUUUCUAGGCAUAGUUUCAGGAUAUACAUGUAAACAGAUGCUUUUUUCUUGCCGUACUCCUGAAAACAUAAUAAUGUUGAUGGGGUAACAUCCAUUGAGUAAUAUGUUUUGUGUAUUCUUGCAUUUCUUCCAUUUAAUUUCAACCAGAAAUUCAGCUAUUUAAUCUUCAGAAAGCCGUGAAGGCCUUUUUUCUAGUUCACUUGUAAGGAAUAAAUUAAACAGCUAGGCUGAUUGGCGUGGUUGCUGUGAACAAUAGAUAUUCUAGCUUUUAUCCUAAUGGGCUUUCAUAUCAUAGCAUAUUUGGUUGUAUUAUCUUUUCACAGGAAAGUUGAUGUAAAGACCUCCAUCCAGUCCAGAGGUGAACGUCGAUCUAGGGUUAGUGUAUAACUAUUCUAUGUAUGUAGUUUUUUUACUUAAUAUUAAUUUUCGGUGAGUUAGAAUUCUUACACUGGACUUAAGACUCAGUGGUUCAUUUCAUAUCCAGAACAUGAGAAAUUAUUUAAGGUGUAAUUAAGCUUUUUUAGACUGUUGCAAACAGUUGUUUGUUUUCACUGUUGCAGUACAGAGAACAGAGCAAAGAGGACAGUGAUUCAGUGGACUCUUCAUUCAAGCAGUUGUUCCUCAAACUGGCUGGAGUUGUAAGUGUUGAUUAAUAUUGUUAUUAACAACUGCAUCGCUCAAAUGGAGGUUGGGUGCCUGGAGUAUCCAGGGGCUUCCACUAUUGGCAGCCAGCCCCUAGAUUGAAAUAAUGCCCCCAUAGCUGGCACAACAGCACAACCCUGCCAUGAGCCCCCACACGAAAGGAAAGGAACAGGCACCUGUCACACUGAAAACAUCAGUGGAGAAAAAAACCAACAAAGCCGAGGGGGAGGGGGGAGGGGAAGAAAAUGGCUGACAGAACCUAGCAAGAAGGAAAACUGAAUGCGCCAAAGAAUCACAUGAUAACAGUACUUGGUGCAAGAACAUCUAGUUGUUACUGAAAGGAAUUAAAUAGGACUUGUUUGGUUGUGACAGUGAUGAACUCUAGUGCUAAUAAUGAUUUUUCCUUCAGGACAGAGAGAUUGAUGCAUUUGAACUUCAGCAGAUCCUUUCAACUGCUACAAAGAAAGGUACAUUGUGAAAACUUGCAUUUGAGUUGGAUGCAUGGCAGAUUAAGAUUCUUUAUUAGCCCAAUUUCAAUUAGUGGGGGGCUUGAAAACUCAUGCCACAGAUGCGAGUUUGUUGCGAGUUUGUUUGAACUGGAGGCAUCCUCCCCCAGAAAAUAUUUUGAAAUCUUUGAGGCUCAGAAAUGGUAUUUUCAACAUUCUCAAUGUGAUAUUUCUCUAAAAUGAAACUCAACCUGUAUAAGGUGUAAAAUGACUCGUACUAAUCUAGUGCUUACAGCAUGUACCUUAUACUUAAACAAAAACAUUUUUCCUCUGGAAAAGUGUUGGGGGAGGGGGGCAACCCCCAGCCCCCCAGGUCCGCCUUCCCUGAAUCCUUUUGAACUUGGUGAAGUUAACUUCUGUUUUGUAAGAGGUCCUCUAAGGUGAUUGACAGCAGAAAAUAGCAAAAAAUAAUAAUAGGCUAUGUUUUGUGUUCAGUUUGAUUGGCCUAUGUACAUGCAAAUAAUAGGACUUGUUUUGUGUGUCCCACCAAGAGUAUGUAACGAACAACAACCUGCUGUGGCCCUAAAGGUUGUUAUAGUCUUAGAAUAAUAUUAUACUACUUUAAUAAGUUACAUGUGGCUGUUAUUUCCGACUUCUCUUCUUAGUUACAAAAUAAUGUAUAAGAUUUUUGUCCUUUAAAUUGAUUCACAAGAGUUGACUUUUAUAUUACUUAUAUAUGCAGUGCUUAGAGACAAGGAAUUUAGCUUAGAAGCUUGCAGGUUAGUUUCUUACAGUAAAAUGAUGUUACAUAGCCUCAUAUAGCCAGAUAACAUUAUGGUCUGCAUGUAAAACGAUUAUAUGUUUACAUGGCAUGGGGCACACAAGUAUAAAAAGGCUGAAGGGGGGGGGGGGGUUGGAAAGACUAAGAACACCUGCCAAACAUUUCAGAAUCUCAGAGGUAGCCAAAAAUUCAGUUGAGUAACAAGAAGUUCCAUUUUUUUUCUGGCUUCAUGCCCUCAAAGGCUUCUAUAAGGCAUCAUGACAGUUCUACACACUACCAACCCCCAAAAUUUCACUCCCAAAAGGUAGAGGGAGUAGCCCUAUCUUUUAUGUAGACCUAUACCGGCCUCUGGGAUAUGCAAAGUGCCUUUUGCUAAGUACCCUUCUAAACAUGCAGCAGCUUAUGUGUCAAUUGAAGUUUAAACAGAUCCACAUUGAGAUUGCAGUUUAAAAUAGAGUAGCAAAAAAUCAAAAGGAUGUUUUUGAGAAAAGAGAAAAACCUGUGAUGCUGCUUGUCUGCUGUAAAAUAUGCUUCUACAAAUCACUUUGAAGCAUAGACUGCAGAGAGCAUAGAUUCGAGGUUCAAUUUUUUGUUACCAUUUUUGAUUAUCCACUAUAGCACUGUGCUAUUUUUUAAGUAGAAAAUAAAAUUCUUCUUAUUCUUCCAUUUCUUGAUCAGCUUUAACCACAAGCUACAGUUCACUCUCUCUGAAUGGACACCUUUAUAACACGGACACAUCUGUAAAACGGACACCCAAGAGUUGGUCCCUGCCUUUGUUUACUCCCUUAAUUUGACUCUCUAUAAGACGGACACUAUUUUGGUGCCUGAGAGAGUUAACCGUAGUCAAUUUUUACAUGCCUGUCUUUUGUCUGUCUCUCUUUUUAACACUUGCCUGUUGUCUUUUUUAAUACUUUCAGGAGCAUCAUAGAUCUUAAGGAUGUAUCUUUUAGUGAUAAACGCUUUCCUUAAAAAUUUAGAGCAUAGCAACUGUUUUUUGUUUAUAAGAACAAUCAAUAUGAAAUACUUACCAGUACAUGUGUAUCUAUCCACCAGGCAUUGGCUUUGUUUUCAAAUUACAGUCAAUAUUUCCUCUGCUGGUCAUUUUUGAUCUAGUAGAAAUGUUGAACAGUUCAACCUCCAUGUGCAACCACCUCUCGUAAGCAACCACCAAUCCAAAACACCAAAAUUUUCCCGGUCAAUGCUUAACAGUUGGAACCUCUUGUAAGAGACCGCAACAUUUUGGGGGGUUGACGGUUAAAUGAUUUUCCAUUUUUUUCCUUGUAAUGUUCCCAAAACCCUCACUUUCAAAUUGAGGCCAAGUGCACAACCUUUCUUGUUAAAAUGUGUUUAAUUUGCAUAAGAAUGAAAAAUCAUUUCCAUAUCAAAGGCAGAGCACUCAACAGAGGCCCGGGCAAACUCAGAAAUUGCCUGUUAAAUAAAACCUACCAAUACCAGGUGCCCAAAUGUUGGGUUUUGUUCUUGUGAUUUGUUUGCAUGACAGCAAAUGGAUUAGGUAUUGUUUUGGUAUAUCCUUAACAGUAUUUAGGAUGACAAGACUGGAAAGCUGGAUUAUGACGAAUUUAAGGAAGUGUGGCAAAUGGUUAAAGAUUUGCUGGUGAGGAAGCACUUUUCAUAUUUUUUGAGGUCAUGUUUCUGAUCACAGAGGGACUUCAAGAAUGAGAACAUGUUGUAAUCAUUAUAUGACAGGGGCUGUCUUUACUUCACAGAAAAUUUUCGCUGAGCAUGAUGCAGAUAACAGUGGAACCAUGGACAUGUUUGAGAUGCGCCGGGCUCUGUCAAAACAGGGUAAUGUUUCUUUGAUUUCUACCAUCAAGGUGCUUGUGCCGGUCCUUUCAUGUGCGGCUUGGAUUUCACAAUAAACUUGUCAUGCAGUUUGCUAUGCAGUACAAGUUAGUUCCAUGUUUCAAGUGUGAAUAAAUUGCUUAUGUGUGAUGAUUUACAUGUAAGGCAUGGUGACGUGCUUUCAUGUGAUCCUGUUUAUAGUUAUGUCAUCCUUGGCCUCUACACACCCUGAAUGAGUAGCCGAAAAUGUACAUUAUACAACCUCACCAUUUAAAUUAACCCUCUUCAUCAGUACUUUAACUUGGUACUUUGUUUGGCAUUUUACGAAAUUAAAUUGUGAAGGAGGGAAAGGGGGGCGUUCUUUUUUAACUCUCUUUUCUCAAAAAGCAUAGCUAAGUCACCCUCCUCCCCCAAGGGCUAUUAAUGUAUACAUGCACAUAAUGAAUCGUUAAGUGUCAAGGGAGACAAACUGACGUCUUAUUUUUUACUGACUUCUAUAAAAAUCUCUUAGGUAUUAACCUCAGCGAUGAGACUUUAAAUGCCAUGGCUUCCCGCUUCAACAACAAGAAAGGAAGUUUGUCCUUUGAUGACUUCCUGCAAAUUGUCUGUCGUAUUUACUCUCUGAAAGGUGUGAACCACUAUCUUGUUAUGUGAUGGUUAUUGCUCUCUCUGUCAUCUCCCCUGGGCCAGAAAACAGGCCACAUUUCGCGACGUCACCACCGGUUUGCUCAUGAAGUGACGUCUGAGAAACGAGCGCAGAAAAUCCAUUUUGAUGACACGUCACUACUUGGGUGGUGUUUCUGAUUGGUUGAAACAAAUUGUCAGCCAAUCAGAAGCACUACGGGGUAGUGACACGUCAUCAUUAUGGAAUUUCUGCAUUCGUUUCUCGGACGCCAUUUCUUGGGGAAACCAGUGGUGGCGUCGCUAAAUGUCGGCUGCUUUCUCAGGCUUGGGGUCUGGUGGGUUGCGCUAAUAUUACACUUGGAUGCAUUGUUGACAAUAUGUUGGUUUUACUUAUAUUAGUCACUGUGAAACGUAGCGUUGGCGAAGAGAUUCUACUAAAUAGCAAAAUCGUCUUCAGUCCUAACAAAUCUUUCUCCCUACCGUAGCUGACUGGCUUAAAAGGUCCCCUCUAAAAAUAACUACGAUGAAAUUAAAACGCGUCCUUUGGCCCCAGGGUAUUGUCUCGGUAGAGUUUUAAUUCAGCGUUAAUUCAGGUUAACUAAUGUUCAAAUCUUUCACACUUAAACUUCUUCAGUUUCGUUCAACCGUGCGUACUUUUAUAUUUCCUGGGUUACUUAAAUGUGUCUUCACUGUUUUAUAAUCGAUUUUUAUACAUUAGUUCACUCAAGUCAAUGCAAUGGCUAGUUACUAAUGCCGAGUUUUCCGCCUUCUUAUAAGCGAGCUCGAGAAUGUGCCAUUUCUUCAGCGGAGGUUUUUAGUUUUUUGUAAUGGGUUUAUGGUUUUUCUUUGCUUAGAUAACUUUGAUCGUUACGCGGACAGAACUGGGACAGCCAAGUUUUCGUUGGACGAAGUAAGUGAGGAAAAAAAGCAACAACAACAACAACAAAAACAGAAGUGUUCUUUAAGUUGACCCUUUUUUGCAUCCUUAUUGUUUCUUAUCCUUUAUUCUUGGGAGUGUUUCAGCGGACGUUCGUUGAAAGAUGGUGCGUGGUACGUUUUGUUUGAUGCGUAGUCUUUUGGUCUGUGGACAAUUUAUCAUGUUCCAGCCUCUAAUUUCUGAUUUCUAGGUCACUUUCUAAUCAAGCUGAGAAAAUAUGAAAAAGCACUGCAUAGUGAUCUAUCACUGAAAAUUUGAGCCUGCUGUACUGGAACCUUGAUCAGAACACAUUGCGAAUGUUGAGAAUGGAAGAUGUAGUAUUUGAUUUUUUGGUGGAUUUAAUCCUUUAAUGUGACUAUUGAAGUUUAAAAUGCUGCAUGCGUGAAUCUGUUCCUUAUUUCAUCGUUUCAUUCAUCAUUCGUGCUUUUUGCCUUUCAGUUCCUUCGUGCCUGUGUUACUCUGUAAACUACAUGACGACGACUAAGUAAUCCAUGCAUACCUGGUAAUUACUGACGACUAAUGAACCUACCCAGUUAUAAAGAUGCCCUUUUCUCUCUUGCUGUGCUGCUAUAGCAUAAAGCGAGAGAGCUACCUAAAUAACUUAAUGGUAGAUAUACGUGUAUAAUUAAGCGUGAAGCUUAUAGGCUCGCCUGUACAUUAAUUCGAAAAAAAAAAAGAAGAUUAGAAGACCAUUUACUGUAAAAUGAACAAAAUUACUGGUGAGGACUUUAAACUGCUUAGCUUGAAAGAAACUUGCUUCUAAUGGUGAACGAAUGAAAGAUGGUUAAAACUUACUCUCAAGUGCAGCUGAAAGCCGGCUUAUUAAUAUGAUUAAGUUUAGUAGCUUUAUAAUUCAUCAUAAUUAACUUUUCUAUGCGUACGUGUAACUAGCUUGCUCUGUCCAUACUCCAACCCGACCUAUUUCUGGAGUAGGUAGAGUGAGAAACUUAUUUCUUCGUUACUACAGCAACGUUCUAUUCAACGAUUUACAACUACAGAAGAGCAGGUUUCUUGAAGUCUUCUGUGCAUGGACGAGCGUACUACUAGCGAGUGACACUUGCUCCUAACUGUUUCAUAUUCUAAUUAUAUUUUUCAUUUUUUGCUUUUCAGUUCAUCGGGGUUGCCGUAACUUUGUAGAGGAAAAAAAAGUAACAAAAAAAUCGCAUGCACAGUAUUCUAAUCUUCUGAGCUUGGAUUCGGGAAAAGAGAAACGUGGAACAACUAGCUUUUUGAAACUAGUUAGAGACUUUCCUGUCUGGCUUGUCAUGUAUUCAUCACGAAACGUGGCAUACCACAAGGCUGUAAGGAACUAGCAAUUUUGGACCUGUGUCAAAUACUGAAUUUAAAUUCGAUGUAAUACAAUAUAAACUUAGGUCAAUUUUAAAAAUUAACUGCCUGUUAACCAGAUAAUUGGCUGAAACUAGAGUUUAAUGGUGAAGGGACUCACUCGUUUGACGAGAGUUGAAUAAUAGGCUGGUAUGUUGGGUGGGCGAGCAAUUUUCGCCGUGUUGUAUUUCUAUAAUAUUUUUUCCUCGUGUUUACUAUCACUAUACCAGAUAUUCUAUUGUAAUCUUGUUAAAAAUGAGUGGCAGUAAAGGUUGUUAAACCACAUGUUUAGAGUGUUGUAAUUGGAGCAGUUGAGACGUUAAGAUAUAUGAAGUUGUUUGUUUUUGAAGUAACUGUGCUGUUGCGUCGAUCGGUUGAGUUAUAUACAUCUGCAGGCUCCCGUUGUUCAAACGUUGGAUAGCGCUAUCCACUGGAUAAAACACUAUCCUGCGGAUAAAUAUUGAGGAAACUAAUUGCGCUAUCCACGGAAUAGAGAUUUAUCCAGUCGAUAACGUUAUCCACCAUACUGAAGACCCCUGCAGAGGGUAUGAAAUUAAUAACAACAACUUAUAAAAUAACUAGAUAGUACGCCUGUUCUGAUUGGCUAAAAACAUAUGGUUUAUUGCGCCGGUUAACUCAUAGAAAACUUAAAGUUAUUUAAUAAAAGCAAUAGACC